GUCGACCUAUACAACAGCCAUCCCGAACUCCGAAGUCAAUCUAGAGUACAACUUUAUGACUAGCUUGAAGUCAAGUUCGAUAGAUUAUACUUAUGUAUUAUUUCACUUUCAUUUUGUGGGGUAGGAGAAAUUUUCAAACUAUGAACGGCGGUGGUCAACAUGCAACUAGAUAGGGUUGGUAGUUCCUCACAACUUUCGAACUUUAUCGUACCUAGUAAAUUUAGAGCCGGACUAAAAAUAUAUAACGUCUAUGUACCAUCUGCCUCAUGUUUAUACAACACUGAUCAGUUGGCUGGACCAAUGCUGUACUGACAGGACCGCACCGAACAUCUUUGGUUUCCAUAAGAUAGCUACGGCAGCAUCUCUUUUAUGUCAACCAUCUAUACCCUUCAAUAGAGUCACCCAUUCAAUCAUAAACAGGCAGUACUGUAUUAUACCAAACAUAUACAUGUUAGCGUCUUUGGAGACUUGGAACGGUUGCUCUAUCCUACUACUUAAGACUUCUUCUGCUUCAUCUUCAUCCCCUUUACUUUUUCUUGACAUGGUACUUCACGAAAGCAACGUAAUCACAAAGCAAUCACAACUUCUACUUUCACGCAGUUCAUAUUUCUCAAUACAAUUGAUAUUUUCUAUUGAUCGUCUUCUUCCGGCAUCAUCCAGUUGUUGGUAUCUUUCUAUCACAUACAAUAACAUGGAAUAUCCACCUCUUUUAAUACGCACUAAUUCAACCUUUCGCAUUGUGCCUACCAUGACAAUGGGUUUCAGAAAAGUUUUCCGCUCGGUUGCUCGCAUUUUCUCCACGAAGGACAAGAAGGUCGGGAACCAAGUAAAUACCACAAAGUCCAAGAAGCUCACAAAGAGCCAAUAUCCUCGCAAUACUACCAAGUAUAGAGUCAAGAAUCUCGUUAACUUCUUGACUGGUAGUAGAUCUAGAAGACAUUCUACUGAAUCCGCACCAGAAUCAGAAACACUUGUUGGUUCUUCAAGUCAUUCUUCACCAGAUAAUAACACAGUCGAGACAAUUGAGCAAGUACCAGAAAAUGCUAGCUUGGAGAAUACAACUAGCCAUUACAUCGACGAUGGACUUACAGUUCCUUCACUUGCUCAGACUGCGUUGCCAAUUUUGGUGGUAAUUGAUGGUGGUAUCCAGUCUAUUGAAGAUGUGGAAGCCACAAACAUCGCUGUGCUUCCAUUGGCACCAAUCGCCUCUGUCAUCGAGUCGGUGCUUGAUGGCAAUUUGAACGAUGAUGGCGAUCAACUAGCUGAGGUGGCAGAAGCCACCGGCCCUGCUAUCUCGAUCAACAACGAUGCUGUUGAUAGUCAAGAUCUUACUGUUGAGAUCUUGGUCAAUGAAACAGAUGCCACAGAGCAUGCUGUUCCUAUUCCCAAUGACAUCAACGCGGAGGAUAAAAGUUUGCCCCUGGUAUCAAUUGGAUUGUCUGUCAAUAUUCCAGAAGAUUACCAGUUGGUAGUCACACCAGUGGCUACACCAAAUGAAGAUGGCGUUGUACAAGUGGUAGUAGCAGUAAGCGAACCAAUCGGGUACGACAAUUUUACUCCCAGUUUGAUUCAGACGUCCACGGCCAACCUUUCACAGAUUGUUGAUGAUGAAAUUCAAUUAUCUGAGGGCCCCACCGGUGACAACGAUGCUUCUAGCAUUCGGGAUGAAGAUACUGAAGAUGUGUUUCGUCAACGACGCAAUUCGGCACCUGGAAAUCUAGUCUCGCCAAAUUCACAUUAUCCAUGUGGAAGACGUGCCAGUCUAACUCCUUCUGAUGCGGAGAAUGAGGCAAUGUUCAAUGAUCCCAACAAUUACGUUGUUCAUGAUGAAUCUGACAUGUGCGUUGAGCCUCAACUCAAUCUACAUCAUUCUGUUCUUGCAGAGCCUACUGUUCCGAUGGUCACUACACCAAUUGAUGUCCCUGCGAGAAAGACUUCUCUCCCAAAUUCGGCAUCAGAAGUUGUUUUCUCCCACAACACAUUUGAAACCUUGAAGGUUGUGUCUGAAUCACAAUCACCAAACGAGCCGGACUCAGCGGAGCAAGAAGUUUUCAUGUUGGAGCUUAGUAAGCAAAUGUCAGUGGAGGUUGCGAACCGGGAAGCCUAUCUAUCAGAGCGUCGAAACACUUUCCCUGUCGAGCAGGAUGGUUCCGAUUUAGUCGAUAAAAAGGCUGAGGAAGUGAUUGUGCCUCAGAGAGUCAAACAACCUGGGGAAACUAAUGCGGAAGAAAUUGUACGCACGUACAGAAUUCCAAGCUACAGCCAGUUCAGAUCAGUUUUUCCUCCUCCUGGUCUCACCGUUCCUUGGGGUCCUCACAACCCGGUUCCAACUAGAAUAGAUGAUUUCAGAGCUAGCGAUCCUUGGCUCCCUAAUCCAUGGACUAAUCCAAAUGAGUACCACCAACUAAAUAGGAUUCAGAAGCGCUGGGUUCAGUUGGAGGUUCUGUACAAGACAAGAUUAUACUGGCUAGGUGUGACCUUCAAAGCAAAAGUCCAUCUUGAGAGAAAUCCAGGGGAUAAAUUGUAUGUCUUUAACAAUUUCUGUGGGUGGUAUGGAUGCCAGGCCGAAAAGUGUAAACAUCCUCGAGUCGACGGACGUCUAUACUUCUUUAACAUUGACUCCUAUUACCCUAUGUGGAAGAAACUUCGGGAUGAGCCAUUGUUACUUGACAAUGAACAGUUUAUUAGCAACACUGCUCAUGAGCCUUCGAAUGAUGCAAAUGCUCUUGAGCAGACAGCGCUUCAUGAUCAAGAAGCCCGUGUGCAACAAGCUCGAGAACAAGAAGCAGCUCAAGAUGUGGAGUCAAGACCUCCGCAACUUCCCAAUGUUCACUUUGGUCUCGCCAUGAUCAAGAUGCCAAUCGAACCAAAACAAUCUCGAUGGGCCGGAUUGUUUAAAACACAACAGGAGGCUGGUUGCGCUAAGGCAGAGGUAUCACAGGGUGGAGUUCCAAAUGCCUCUGGCAAUGUUGCUCCAGUUAGCAAUUUUGGUUUGGCGAUGGCUGAUUUCCCUGUCCAACCAAAAGAAUCCCGCUUUGCAAAGUUCUUCAUUGCGCAACCUACAUCUGAGCAAGGAAUACAAGACUCGGUUGCAGAGGAGACUUCUCCAGAUCCUGUUCCACAGGCUCACUUUGGUCUACAGACGGUUAAGAUAUCUGUUUCACCAAAGAAAUCUCGAUUUGCCUCGCUCUUCAAAGCACAAGCAUUGGCUAAGCAAGGAAUUGCCCCGGCCCCGAUAUCGGAUAGUGAAAAUUCCAAUGAAGCCUUCGACUCUCUCAAUGGUAGCAAAAGCGAUGGUUUAUCCACACGUGAUACCAGUAUUGAGCCACCGCAGAAGUCAAACUUCAAUCCCAAGGAAAGCAUUCUGUCAGACAUCUAUGGUCCAAACGAGGCAGACGAAGGUGAUCUAUAUAGUGCUUCACCACUAAGAGGAUCAUCUCCAGCUUCUACUGCGCCUGUUCAAUUGCCUUCGAUUCCAGCCUCAGAGAAUUUCAUGGGUGGCUCUCUUGCCUCAAGACAUCAAGGGAGUUGGCAAUUGUACGAUGACCAAGGAUUUCUAAUUGAUGAUGUCGAAAGCAUCGGUGGAUAUAUUGUCGAAGAUACAAUGGAAGGACCCCCUCAAGAUUUGACCUUUGUGAUUGGACAAGUUGGGUUCCCCAUUGAAUCGCCUCACGAAGAAUCAAGCGAGACGUUUGAUGGUGAACCAUGGAUACUCAUCACGGUUGAAUACGCUCCUGGAGAUGUUAAAUUCGAGGAAGUUCCAGAAAGAGCCGAGCUUCUGGAAAGCUUCUACGAAGUUGGAUGGCCGGUUGAUGAGCGCGAGGUGCACAAUGUGACACAGAUCAUCAGAGAGGGAUUGGAAGAAGAGAAUUUUGCAGUCAUUGAAAUUGUCAGUGAUUUUGACUUCUAUGCUAAUGCUCCUGAUUCUGGAUGGGAAGCUCCUGAGCAUAGCGAUGCAAGUCCGAUCAGAGGACGCUCGCAAGCUCCGAAGGAGCUCAACGCAAAGGCUUACGCACAGGGACAAGCUUCAUGUGAUCCAGCAACAAAAGAUGGAAGUGAUGCCCCAGAGUCCAAUUCGGAGGAUCCUGACGAUAAUGGCGAUGGCAUUGAGUCCGAAACUGAAUCUCGAAAGUCAGAUAAAAACGACGAUACUCUUGACACCAAAGCUCCGGGAUCAAACGAAAAAGAUAUUGUCCCCAAGUCCACAGCUCAGGAAUUAGAUAAGAGUGUUGAGGACGCCAAGUUAGAAUAUCAAUUCAGUCGCAUUCCCACCCAGGCCAGAGCCACUGUCUCUGGAUUAGCUCUGGCUAUCCGAGAACUCGCGGGCCAAGAGAUCGGACAGACAAAUCUUCUGGGUUUUAAUGAUAGCCCAGACACUUUCAUGAACAGUGAGCCCCUUUCAAUCCUACAAAAAGAUGCCAACAUUGUGCACUCCUCCAACAUGUUCCGACAGAUUGACCUCGCGAGUUAUGAGCUCAUCAACAGGUGGUUGAGUGGUGAAGAUCAAUAUGAUCCCGAUGGAUCAACUUGCAGACUCGUCCUGCAGGAAGGGGGGGUCUGUGAGAGCGUGCCACAAGAAUUGGCUUUGCGGAUCAAAGACACCGAGAACAUGCUCUGGGCUAGUGGUGCAACUUUCGCCAAGCUAGCACUUGCUGAGAAAUUGCAAGUUCCCAAGAUGAUGACGACCGAGACGGAAUUUUAUCUGCCUGGCCAAGUCAACAAUCUCUGGAAGCCAGAAUUUGUCGCGGAGUGUGUCAAAGAUCUGGACGUCACAGACCCUUCUCUUUUCCUCGGUAAAAAUGAUAUUUUUGCCUUUGAUGAAAACAAGUCAACGUUUUAAGUUGUCUGUUUAUAUUCAAAAUCUCCGGCACUGUCCUUUCGCCUGGGCAUAGUGUCCUCCAAUAAUUAUUAGGUCUUCAUCCUAGUGUACUUGAGCACCUCUUUGUUUUCCUCAUCUUCCCUGUCACAUCCAUAACAUAUUGACAAGCGUUGCCUCCUUUCGCACUUCGCAUCGCAUGACACUACAACAUUCGGGAUAUCGGGAUAGCUUGGGAACGGCCUUGGCAUAGGGCAUUUGGUCUAAGUGGGAUUGCAUGGUUGUUGAGGGCUAUGUAUUUGACAUUUUCUAGGAUGGCGCGGUAUGGCAUGGCACAGCGCUGGGCUUAGAUAAAUUCUGCAUGUGGGAACUGAGAGAUAUGGAGUAUGGCAUGGUUUUGGUUUUAGUUUGAAUUUGUAAUACCCAAGUUUUCUCUCGGAGUUUAUGGUUUUAGGAUACCCAUUUCUUUUGGAGUUUUUGAUUUAAUCACAAGAUACCCAUUUAUUUAUAUAGCAAACAUUCAGAGAUCACGGCUCA